AUGUCGUGCUACCCGCAGCAGUGCCUCCCACCAGUCUACCAGCACCCCAUCCCCAUCAAGUGCCCGCCGAUGUACGCUGCCAGACCUACCUGGCACUCGACACUGUGCAUCCCACAGUACGUGACCCCCUGCGUCCCCCGGCAGCGGAUGAUGUCCUCCAGCUUCUCCCAGCAGCAGUGUGUGACCCAGUGCGUGCCACGGCAGCAGUAUGUAACCAAGUGUGUGCCUCAGCAGCAGCGUGUGACCCAGCAUAUCCUACAGCAGCCGUGCGUACCUCGCUGCGUGACAAUGUGCGUGCCCCAGCAGCAAUGUGUGACCACGGGUGUGUCGCAGCAACCUUGUGUGACCAAGUGCGUGCCACAGCAGCAGUGUGCAACCAAGUGUGUGACCGCCCAUGCCCCCCAGCAGCAGUGUGCCACCAACUGCAUCCCGCAGCAGCAGUGUGCCACCAGGCAUGUGACAGUAUGCGUGCCACAGCAGCCGUACCUGACCAAGGGCAUCCCGCAGCAGCAGUGUGCCACCCAGUGCAUCCCACAGCGGUGUGUGACCAUGUACACCCCACAGCAGCAGCAUGCCACCAGGUGUGUCACCACGUGUGUCCCACAGCAGCGUGCAACCAAGUGUGUCUCGCACCAGUUUGUGACCUCUUGUGUCCCGCAGCAGUGUGCCAGCACGUACGUCCCACAGCCAUGUGCGACCAGGUGUGUGACAAAGUGUGUCCCGCAGCAGUGUGAGACAACCUGUGCCCCACAGCAGCAGUGUGUGACCAAGUGUGUGCCACAGCAGCAGUGUGCCACCAAAUGUGUCCCACAGCAGUGUGCCACCAAGUGUGUGCCACAGCAGCAGUGUGCCACCAAGUGUGUGCCACAGCAGCAGAGUGGCACCAAAUGUGCCCCACAGCAGCAGUGUGCCACCAAGUGCGUGCCAGAGCAGCAGUGUGCCACCAAGUGUGUCCCACAGCAGUGUGCCACCAAGUGUGUGCCACAGCAGCAGUGUGCCACCAAGUGUGUCCCACAGCAGUGUGCCACCAAGUGUGUGCCACAGCAGCAGUGCGCCACCAAGUGUGUCCCACAGCAGUGUGCCACCAAAUAUGUCCCACAGCAGCAGUGUGCCACCAAGUGUGUGCCACAGCAGCAGUGUGCCACCAAAUGUGUCUCACAGCAGCAGUGUGCCACCAAGUGUGUCCCACAGCAGUGUGCCACCAAAUAUGUCUCACAGGCGCAGUGUGCCACCAAGUGUGUGCCACAGCAGCAGUGUGCCACCAAAUGUGUCUCACAGCAGCAGUGUGCCACCAAGUGUGUCCCACAGCAGUGUGCCACCAAGUGUGUGCCACAGCAGCAGUGUGCCACCAAGUGUGUCCCACAGCAGUGUGCCACCAAGUGUGUCCCACAGCAGCAGUGUGCCACCAAAUGUGUCCCACAGCAGCAGUGUGCCACCAAGUGUGUCCCACAGCAGCAGUGUGCCACCAAGUGUGUGCCACAGCAAUGUCAGUCGGGUAGAGUUAAAAUUUCAAGUCACUCCAAAAAGUACUGCUCUGCGCCCAAAUGGCCCUGGUAA